AUGAUGAUGAACAAGAUUAAAGCUGCAUUGUGUUUCACGGGUGGAAAAGAUUGUACACUGGCGUUACACCGUGUCAGCACCAAGUAUAAUGUGGCGAUGCUCGUGACGUUUGCGCCACGCUCAGCACAGCCGUUCCGUGCACAUCCGCUGCAUCUCAUACAGCUGCAAGCCGAAGCACUCGAUAUUCCGCAUCGUGUACUUCUUGUCGACGGUCCCGACUAUCUGGGCAGCUACCGCAAGCUGAUCCGACAGCUUCGCGAGGAGUGCGGCAUCGAAGCGCUCGUCACCGGUGACAUCCUCGACGUUUGCAACAACUUUAUGGGUCGCGCCGUCGAGACGACCGGAGUGGAACUGGUGCGACCACUCUUCCAGCAGCCACGCCAAGAGAUUCUCGACGACUGCUGGAGUCUGGGAUUCGAUAUUCUCAUAACAUGCGUCAACAACUCCAAGUUUGACACUGGAUUCGACGCGUCACGACUCAUGGUCGGACACCGACUGACCAACGAACUACUGAAUCAGGUGCGCGACUACAACACCAAACAAAAAUCGAUUGGCGAAGUCGAUUUGGCCGGUGAAUUUGGUGAAUUCCACACAAUGAUCAUCGACUCACCACUCUUUAGACAGAAAAUAUCUUACGAAGCUGAACCCGUUGUAGACGGCGACUUUACAUAUUUAAAUUUUAAAAGUACAAUGUUAUUAGAUAAAUACGAUUGUUAA